CUUUCCAAGUCUGCACCGUUGCCAAAUUGUUUGUAGACUACCGUAUUUAGAUAGAUGAUGAACUAUUAAAAUAUCUAAAUUAUUAAAUUUAUUACUAAAUAGUGAAAAAGUAAAUUUCCAUGUGAAAAAUAUAUUUGAGAUAAAAUUGAUCAACAAUUUAAUAACAAGAAUUAACUAUUAAGAUCAGGCCAGAUUUACCGGGUUAACUUAGAUCACAGCUUAGGUUACAGCUAUCCCAUAUUAUUAUGGUGGUGAAAAAGGAAAUGUGGCAACGUUGCUGUGGGGUAUUAGGGGUAAGAAAUGAAGGAGAAGAGAGAGGAAAAUAGGCUAAGGAGGACCUAAGGGAUAGGGGAUUAACAAUGAAAAUAAAAUAAACACAAAUUAAAUACCUCGAAUAGUCCGUGAUAAUUGAAUUCCCUGUAGAGGUGUGGCCACACAUUGAGGUUUAUCCAGCGAUUUUCGACGCACUUAUCACGAUCUUCGACGUAAUCGAGAUUGAGGAAUUUGUAACACAAAAGGGGUAUUCAAUUGAGGUUUAUAGAAUUGAGCAUAGCGGGGUAACGAGAGUACAAGUACAAGUACGCGACUCAAGCUCCAACGAGAGAAUGUCGGGAACGAGCAUUUACAGUCAAAUUAGUAAGAUAAGAAGCCAAUGUGAGAUAAAGCAAACAAAAUAUUGAUGACGGUUACAUUUUAAUAAUUCUAAAUCUAACUUACGAUGAUAACUUACGAAGACUUAAAUCUAACUUACGAUGAGUAGGGUCAGGAGGGGUAAUUAUGACCAGGGGGUAAUUGUGACCAGCGCCAUUUUGAGCUAUUUGGUGUUUGAUAAAAUUUGGUUUUGAGGUUAAAUGUUAACCUCAUAAUGUGUUUUUGAUUUUAGUGCAUCUGUGUGACUGAUUAGAAGGCUUUUCCAUAACAAUUUCAAUUUAAGAGUAGAAGGCUACAGAAAUUUUUGUUGAACGGAUUUGUCCAUCUUGUAAAUAAAUUUUUGUGACAAGAAAUAAAAAAAUUCCAGAUGAGCUCAUUCAUGUUUAAAAGUAAGUUAAGGAUGUUUGAAUUAUUGUUUCAAAGUUCUAACUCAAUCUAAUAUUUCUGAGUAAAUUUAAAUUUGUGGUCAUAAUUACCCCAUCAUUUUAUAAAAAGUGGGGUGAUUAUGACCACAAAAAAGGGGUAAUUAUGACCACAUUUGAAAACUUAUUAAAAGUAUAAAAUGUGCUGUAAUGCUCAAGAUACUCAAGAUGCUCAAGAUUUUCUUCAAUUGGUUCACAACUGCUUUCAUCCCACAUGUCAACAAAAUUCGUAUCGAAAAAAAUCUACCAGAUCAAGAAGUUGUUUUGAUUUUUGACGGACAUAAUAGCCACAUCACUCUCAAUUUGGUCAAGGAAGCUGCAGCAAACAAAAUCACCCUUAUUAGAUUACCGAGCCAUCUAACUGACAAACUCCAACCAUUAGACAAGUGUGUUUUUGGGCCUGUGAAAUCUCAUUGGGAAAAGAUACUGGUUGAUAAUGGCAAAUCUAAAAUGGGACAGAGCCAUCAGAGACUUUUAAAGAAAGAGUUUGUGGAGCUACUAGGUGAGGUAUGGCGUAUUUCAAUGACCCCAGCAAACAUCAAAUCUGGGUUUAUAAGUACUGGAAUAUUUCCUUUGAAUAAAAAAAUGUUUCCUGAGAACCAAUUCAAUCCAGUGGACUUACAAACCUAUAAAAAGAAAAAAAAGAAGAGUUGAAGAAAAAUGAACAGAAAGAAGCAGAAACAGAGGAAACUGACAAAAAAAGGAAAGAAGAAGCUAAUAAAAAUAAUGAAGGAAGUAAGAAGAAAGAAGAUACAGAUAAAAGCCAGAACUUCUCUCAAGCUUCCACAUCAAAAGUUGAUUCUCCAAUGAUGGACAUAGGAGACCUUAGCCCUUCUUAUCAAGACGAAACAAUUGUCCUUGAGCUACAAGAAACAGGAACAGAAGUGUUACAAGACGAAACAACUGUCCUUGAGCUACGAGAAACAGGAACAGAAGUGUUACCAUCACCAAAAUCAACGCCAGGAUCAUCAAAAUCAGUUGUAGAGAUAUUUGCAGAAACUAUAAGGAAUUCUAAACAUAAACAAUUACCUCAAACUCCAACAAAAAAGAUCGUUAAAACCAGAAUAAAACCUGAUAGAUAUGGCGAAGUUCUAACAUCGAAGGAAGUAAUUGAAAGACUUCAAAAGGCAGAAUUAGAGAAGCAAAUGAAAGAAAAAAUAAAAAAAGAAAAACAAGAAAAGAGAAACAUCAAGGUCAAUGAAGCAAGCAAAAGGAAAAAAUCAACAAAAGAGACAAAACCAAGUAAAAUAACCAAACGAAAUUUGAAAUUUGAAUCUUCAGAUUCAGAUACAUCUGAUGUAGAGAUUACUGAUAAAGAAAUGUUUCACUACAUUGAAAGUCCAUUGCCACUUGAAGAGCCAGACGAGGUUGAAUAUGAACAAGUCUCAAACGAAAACCUGAAGCCUGGAAAGCAUAUUUUAGUAAAUGUGUUGGGUGGGUAUAGGAAAACUGUAAACUAUAAAUAUGUGUGCUGCAUACAAUCAGUAUUAGGCCUAGAAGAAGAGGAUGACUUCGAUGAUGAUGAUUCAGAAACCAAGAUAAAAGUGAUGGGGCUGAGAAGAGUGGAUGAACACGCCACAACAUUUUUCCCAGAUGAAUUAGACAUUUUUGUAAUAUCAAAAACUCAAAUUUUGGGGGUUUUGCCAGACCCGAAAAUAACUGAAAAAGAUAGGAAGUUGAUGUUUGUUUUCCCAGGAUCCGUUGCUGUUUUUGAAAAAGCAUAGACUUUGAAAAUGUUUCUGAUCAAAAGACUAUUUUUUUAUUAAAAAGAAGCAAAGAAAUAUUUUUAAUAAAGUUUUUGAAUUUAAUAUGUAGGCUUAAAUAACAUAUAUUUGUUUGACUGAGGUUAAAGUGUCACAUUAAAUAGAGUUUGUUGUUCAACUGAUUUUAUGACGUUUAUUCAACCAUUGGGGUAAUUAUGACCACCAAGAAAUGAUUCAAUUUAAUGUGAUGAAAAGUGCUAUCAUACAAAAACAGAGGUGUUAUGGUUACUAUUCCCCCUAACAUAUGUGUAUGAGAAUGUAUUGAGAUGAAAAAGAAUGGUCAUAAUUCCCCCACUAAUGGUCACAAUUACCCCAACUUUUAGUGAUUAUGGGUUUUUGGUGGGGUUAUUAUGACCACCCUUAUAACUUGAUAAAAAAACAGAUUUGAUCAAUAAAACUUUUUUGGGGAAUAAAUAAAGGACCAAAGUUACUUCUUAUUCACUUACAAUGCUACUUUUUAAAACAGUAAAAAAUUUACAGAAAUUCAAAGUUGAAACAUGUACAAAGUGGUCAUAAUUACCCCUCCUGACCCUACUAAACAGAUGCCUACAUAUAUGAUUGCCACUGACUUGAUAUCGUGAAUCGCACUGUAGCUGCAUCAAGUUUAUGCAAUGGAUAUGUUUAGAACUGUAUCAUGCUCUUCAUCCCUUCCCGCAAUUAUUGAGAUUUUUGACUCAACUGGUCAUUCAAUCUACAUCUCCUAACGAGAAGUCCAUCAUUUUGAAGGCACAUAUUGAUGAUAAAAAACUCAAAAAGUAUGAUUCAAACAAUCUUUUGGGCAAUAUCUUCAAAGGUAUUAGGAUGUAUGGUAAAUACACGACAUUUUUCAGACCUAUCGAAGUUCCAGAGGUUUCAAAUAAAAGUUACCCAAUAAUUAAAUAUUGAAAUGAAAACAUUGGGUUGUUGUCAAAAAUAUCACUUAAUUAUUGUAGAAUUACAAACAUGUUUCAAUACCAAUGGUGUCAUCUUUGAUUCAACAACAGUAUCUGAAUUGAAUAUUGAUUAUUUUCUG